UCACGAUUGUCCGAUCAGCAUCGUCUGAGUCCUUAACGCCGGCUGGAUCACAAAAACAAAAAUUCAACAACUCCAUCUCUUGUGCUCACCACGCUCCAUUCCCUCAAAUUCGAGUCUCCCUUUGACUGUUCACUUCAAUUUUUACCAGUCUCAGAUCUCGACGAUGGCUACACAAAUCUCUCAGCUUGCUUCUUUCUCAUCCACCAAUCGUCAAUUUCUUCACUUCCAUAGCCCAUCUUUGAAGCUUCGUCCCCAGUCUUUUGUAGUUAGAAGCGUUGAUGGGAAUAGCUCAGAAACACCAGCGUCUCUUAGCUAUACAGCUGAGGUUCCUAAGCCUAUUGUUGAGAAUACAUCCACACCUUUUUCCACAGUGGAUGAAACUGCUACCAAUAAAGACAUUAUUACAGAGCCAGUAGAGGCUACACAACCAAUUAGAGCAGCAAAGAUCCACGACUUCUGUUUUGGCAUUCCUUAUGGUGGUCUCGUUAUGAGUGGAGGGCUUCUUGGGUUUGCGUUUUCACGAAAUCUUACAAGUCUAAGUACUGGUGUCCUCUAUGGUGGUGGCCUUCUUGCCCUUAGUACAUUGAGCUUAAAGAUUUGGCGACAGGGAAAAUCUAGUUUUCCUUAUAUACUAGGACAAGCAGUGCUGUCAGCUGUCGUCUUCUGGAAGAACUUCACAGCUUAUUCUAUGACUAAGAAGCUGAUUCCUUCCGGGCUUUUUGCUUUCGUCAGUGCUUGCAUGUUGUGUUUCUAUUCAUAUGUGGUGCUCUCUGGAGGAAACCCACCUCCAAAGAAAUUGAAACCAUCUGCUAGUCCUUCAUACUGAAGGGACUUCUCCUAGGUUAGAUUUUAAAAAACGGAGAUCUUCUCUCUAUUAAUGACUCUGGUAUGUUGGGUUCCUGGUGUAAUUUUAUACUUUUACGAGUUGAUAUACUUUUUUGUGACUUGUUCUUACCAGUGUCAUCAAGUUUUGUUUUUCCUACUUGUGCUGUUGUGAGCCUAUGAUUGUCUAUACUCUUAAGCUAAGUGUCAUAUUCUAAAGUUUUAUUCUUACU